AUUAACACAAAGAAAUCUCUUCGGUUUCGAUCUACGGUUAUAGAAACGUCAUUGAUCGAUCAUAUACUGAAAAUGACGGACAAAGCAGCACCAGUGGCAGCGCCGGUAUCCGAAGGAGCGACCGUUGCGUCGAGUGCGUCACCGAAGAAAUCUAAGGCCCCCUCGACAAAGAAACCGAGGGCGAAACCGUCGCACCCGAAAGUUGCCGACAUGGUGAAUACGGCGAUCAAGGAGCUCAAAGAACGCGGUGGAUCUUCUCUCCAGGCGAUCAAAAAAUACAUGGCCGGAACGUACAAAGUCGACGCGGAAAAGCAAGCCCCGUUCAUCAAGCGAUACAUCAAGUCUGCUCUUGCGUCCGGUGCUCUUGUACAGAUCAAAGGUAAAGGUGCUGCGGGAUCGUUCAAACUUUCGGCCUCAGCCGUCAAAGCAGCUACUGUCAAACCGAAGGCCGCUAAAAAAGUUGUCAAGCCUAAAACUGCUGCGAAGAAAGCUCCGGCUGCGAAGAAAACAACAGCUGCGAAAAAAGCGGUGAGUCCAAGCAAACCCAAAAAGGUUGCAGUAAAAAAACCGACGACCGCAACAAGUGAGAAGAAAAAAUCCACCAAAGGACCAGCGGCUAAGCCACCCAAGCCAAAAACCACCAAGGCCAAGCCUGCGCCUAAAUCUCCACCGAAAAAAGUCAAGGCAGCUGCACCAAAAAAGGUGAAACCCGCUGCCGCUGCUUCAAAACCUAAAAAGGCUGCACCCAAGAAAGCUGCUGUCGCUAAGAAGUGAAUUACGUCGCUGCUUCGGCACACCAAAACUCGAACGGCCCUUUUCAGGGCCACCACAUUUUCAAACGUUGAAACAGUUCUUUCGCUCAAUCUUCCCACCCAUCCUUAUUCACUCAUUUUAUAAAAUUUUAUUGAAAAAAUCACCGCCACCGUUGAACUGUUUACAUAAAAUCGCGAAUUAAGUUUUCCAUCUGGUUUCGAGUUUCAA